UACAGGUGUGACAUGUAACUUAGUCUUAAGCUUAGCAAAACGACAACUAACCACUUCCUUUUCUCUGCGCCACCUCCACUUGUACUAAUGAAGCAGGUAGUGUAGCUCCAGUUUGACUCUUGCUGCCUGAUGGACAUGAUCAGUCUAAAUCCAGCAGUGUUCAUCUUCAUUCAGCUGAUAUGGCCGGCCUUUGCAGCUUCAGGGACUAUAACAUCUGACUACUGGAAUGUAUCGGUGUCAGAGGGAGAUUCAGUCGUGUUCAACUGCAACACAUCUGAGAAACAUACGAGACACAUCACCUGGACCAAAGGCAGAUUUAUGUUUUCAUGGUGUGUACAGCUUCAGCAAAACUUUUCAAACUUCUCUGACAGAGUUACAAUGGCCCUCGUCAACAAGUCAAAGCUAAAAAUUGUUAGUGCUCAACUUAAUGAUUCAGGACUUUAUACAUGUGAGAUAACUGACAACCGAGGCGUCAGCAGUAUUACAUGGAAUUUAACUGUUUUUAAGAAAGUUUUUAAGAAAGAAACAAGUUUACUUAGUAAUGUCGUAUUCAUCCCUUCACUUGCUGCUGGAUUCCUUCUAUGUUGCACCACAGCAGUUAUCUGUCUCUGCAGAAAAUAUGGGACCAGAACAGAAAAUCAGAAUCCAUUCCAGGACCAGUUUCAGUCUCAGACAGAAGAGGCGGUAACAUGCAAUUACAAGGUGGUACGAAUCAUCAGAGAAACAAGCGGAGGAGAGAGUACAUGGAGAGGCUGAAUCCAAUCUAUGAUCAUUUCUGAACUGACAGACCAUAGAGAAACAUCAAGACAGAUCCAUUUUGCAAAGGAAGGCCGGGAAACGUGGGAAAUAACCCCUCUGUCUUCCUGUGAAAGGAAUUUUUACCUUGCUGAUAGUAUAUUAAUGUUUCAGCGUGUUUAAUGAGCACAUUUUAUUGGACAUUUUUCCGGUUGUUCUACUUUACGUUCUCAGUGUUGCAAUUUAAUAAUUAUCUCUGGAUAUCAUAAAUCAUCCCAAACUGACUCUGUAUAGUUUACCUGAGUGGCAAACUAAAAUCUAAAGUUUAGUUUUAAGUUAGUCCAGUAGAGGCCAUGUGCAGAUAUUAGUUACUUUUAAUUUGACCUGCUGCUCUACAGGAGGAUUUACCAAUAUUUCUAGUCUAUAACAAGAUGGCACACAUAACUGUGUGAGAUUAAAAGAAUAACUUAGUUUCAGUAUUUCAGACAGUCUUUAACAUUUUGUGCCAUCAGAGUCACUUUCAGGAUUUUUGCAGGGAGGAAGGACUUUGAAUGUAAGGUUACAGGUUUGGUUCUAAUAAUGUUGAAUCAUUUGUUAUUGAUACAUGCAGAUGAUUCCUUUGAGAACUCAUCACUGUUAGAGCCACAAAACCUGGAUUUAUAAACAGGCUGGUGGAGAAAAAUAAUAAAACAAAAUAAAAUAAAACAACUUUUGGUUUUGAAACAUGAUGUUGGGGCAGCAUGUUGCACUACAACAGCUUCCACCUGCUUUUUCAUUGACAACAUGACUGUGGAGCUUCUGUCUUUUUUCUCUCUUUUGAUAUUUUGAUGGUGGUGAAAAGUGUUGUACUAACAAAGCAUCCUACAAAUAUUCAGUUGGAAGUCCUGGUAACUGUAAAGGUCAUUGCAACUGAUAUUGUUUUCAUGGAUCUACACAGCAAACCAUGCAGUGAUGUUUCACUGUAUGAGAGGUUCCCCUCCAGAAUCUGUACCCAGUUUUUUAGCUAAAUCUUAAACCAAAUAAAUUUCUAAAUAUUGAGUUAUGUUUUAUUUUCUCAGAAAAGAUGUGGUACAAAUAUAAAACCUGGACCCCUUGUUAUCCAAAACUGAACACCGAUGGUGUAUUUGGGGGCAGGGGAGGUUAGUUGGGGUGCAGAUCCUAAAUGUGGGUUUAGGGUUUUAUACAUUUGAACCUCAGAUACAAUAAAACAUUAAAUAUAUUUUAUGGUUUUGAAAUGUACCUUUCCCUAAGAUGUAAGCUGAGAUAAAGAAUAUUUCUUUUUCUUGUCAGGUCCUGUCAGGUUAAGACUGUAUGACUACUUUGUGGUCUGUUGCAGUGGUUCUCAACCUGGGGGCCAGGAUCCCCAAGGGAUCCACCAAAGAGUAUAGGGGGUCCCCAAGGCUUUGACCAUUCCACACAGACACGAGUUGAUGUGUUUUUUUGUUUUGUUUUUGUUCGUUUGUUUGUUUUUUGUCUGUUUUGAAAUCAUCUGGACAUUUUGUUGACAUAGAAAAAGCAUUUGGGGAGGCUGAAAACUUUUUAAACCAGAUCCCAAAGUGAAUUUACGGGGGUCCUCAAAAUCUGCUAUUGUUACGGCCCCUGGCCUUUUGGAUUGGCCUCCAGCCUGUCACUCCAGACUUGGAUAUGCAAAUGCUGCUGAGCCAGUGCUGCUUCGGGAUUGGCUGUGGACCGGAAGUUGCAGUUCCUCCCCUCCGCCUCACCGAUUGGUCGCUACUGCUCCCGCUCAUCCCAGCUGGAAAUCAUUGAGAGAUGCCUCGCCCUUAAAUAGGAGGACCUGUCAUCAUUCAUGGCAGCUGUGUCACUAGGACACAGUUCGCCUCGUGUUGGGUUCUCUGAGUAGUUUGUACAUUGUGUGGUUUCUUGAGCUGUUUGUAUGGUUUAUGUGUCUGAGGACACUUGGUGGCUCUUGAUCCUUUAGAAUUCUGACUGGACUGUUCAACAGACGGUUUGCAAUUUCAGUGAUUAUAGUGAGUGAUUGUGUGGGAGUUUUCUCAUUAGGAGAAACUCCACUCUUUGUGUUAUUUAGGAUUGUUAAGUUAUAUGGAUUUUGUUUGACUCUAUAGUUUGUUUGGUUAAGUUUCCUUUGUGUUUUUUUGUAAGCGAGUUAUAAUUUGCCGCCGGUUAGCGUGCGUUUUCCUUUUAUAGGUCAUCUUUUGUUUAUUAUUGUUGUAAGUUACCUGAUAAGGACACUUUAAGUUUUUGUAAAAAUAGAACAUUUGUGUAAAUAAAUUAUUGUUA